CUGAUCGGCAGUUUCGAAGAGAUCGAAUCCACCGUGUCAACAGAUAAAAAAAUCUUUCGCGAUGGGGCUCUGCGAGCUGUGAAGGACAAGUUAAUUAUUCAAUUUCUAUCCUUGCAUCUAUCUAUACUUCCCCUCUGGUUGAAGGUUGCAGUUGCGGAGGGACGUUGACGUUGCCAUACUACAAAUUGCCAACCCGCCGACCAAUCCGAUCCGGCCGAUUUCGUGGCUGCCCCGGCCUUAUUCUGCCUCUCUCCCUUAAUAAGAAUUCCAACUUCCACCUCCACCUCAUCGUGGCAUCGUCUGACUCCCUCCAUUCGCUCUGCUCCCCCUUCACUCCUUUUCCACCCCCGCGCGCGUGAAAGGUGAAGACGAUCAUGGCGAUUACGAGCCGACUCGGCCUCCAAGGGUUGCUGGCAGCCUUGCUGCUGGCCUCCCCCGCGCUGGCCCAUGGCGGCCACGAGAGCGUCCCCGAGGGUGCCGCCGUCUCCGACGAUCCGAUUGACUCGACAUUAUGGGUGCACAUGAUUCUGAUGGGAUUUGCCUUUGGCGUCAUCUUCCCCUUGGGCAUGGUUCUCGGAAUUGUGCGCUCGCGGUGGCAUGUCCCUCUCCAGAUCGUCGGAACCAUUAUCGCAGUCGUCGCAUACUUCCUCGGCCAUGCUCACAAAGGCCGUCAGUUCGCGAAGAACGUCCACGCGUCGUUCGCAAACACGCUCAUGCUCAUGAUGGUGGUGCAGAUCGUUCUCGGUGUCUAUCUCAAGCUGCACCUCUCUAAGGGAAUCCAUGGCCGUAUUCGCCGGGUGCUCGUGAUUGCGCACGGAGUGGUCGGGAAGGCAAUGCCAGUGGCGAGCUGGGUCCAAAUGCUCUUCGGAGGAAUCACCGCCAUGGGAUUCUGUCGGGAUGAUCACUUGGGACAGUGUCUGGCUCAUUUCAUCAUGGGCAGCGCUUUCAUUGCCUACGGUAUCUUGUUGACAAUCCUGCUCCUCGUUGGCCAGUACUGGCUGCGCCGCACCGGCCGCAGCCAGGAGUUCUUUGACUCGCUGAUCAUCGCUGCGUGGGGAUGCGUCAACACCUUUACAGAACACCGCUGGGGAGGUCCCUGGGUCCACAACGACUUGCAGCACACCACUAUGGGGAUUGUCUGGUGGUGCGCUGGUCUGCUGGGUAUCUGGAUGAGCCGGCGGCGCAACGGCCGGCCCAAGCGGAACUUGAUCCCAGCCUUGGUGAUUCUUCUCACUGGCUAUGCCAUGUCUGCCCACCCGCAGACCCUGAUGAUUAGCACGAUGAUCCACUCCAUCUUCGGCUACACCUUGAUGGCCGCCGGUAUCACGAGAAUCAUCGAGAUCUCCUUCGUGCUGCGGGAUAAGGGCACCCUUAGUGUGGACGGUACUGAUCCCAACAGCUUCCAAUAUCUCCCACCUUUCCUUCUGUAUGCCUCGGGUUUCCUCUUCAUGGGAGCUACGGAGGAGCAGAUGCAACUCCUGAAUGACGCCGGAAUCACCCACGUGUCAUAUGUCCUGAUCCUCUACAGCAUCGCCUUUAUCCUCUUCCUGUUUGUCAACGUACUCCUGCACAUCUACGCCGUCCACGCAUGGCCCGAAUCCGCACAAGCCCCCUCCCACUCUCGCUCCUCCAGCAGCGCAGAUGCCGGCGAGGGUUCCUCCCACUACCGACCGACCACCAACGGCCGUCUCGCGAACGGCCAUGCCCGUUCCGCCUCGGAGAACCAACACGUCCACGACGCCGAGGAAUUCGAGCUCCAAGGCCUCAUCUCCGACGAGGAAGACGACGCCAAACCCCUCGACGACAGACACCCGAUGGGCCCUCGAAAAGUCGAAGACGAAGAAGACUCCCCUUUAGUUGCUAAGGAAACAACAACCCGUUAAACCUUGUCUAAGGAUUUCAUCAUUACUCAAAACGCUCUUUCUUUUCUCAAUCAUACCUACAUGUAUCUUCUGCUCUAUACAUCUUUAGUCCGUAUUUUCUCGGGUUUCGGGUGUUUUUGAUUCUUGGUGUGAUGGAAUUUGGGUUGCAUCUGUACAUGUGCAUAGCUUCGUUUGGUAUAAAUUGAUUUUAUCUAUUUCUAUAUGCUCUCGCUCCCUGUUCAAUUGUGGUGUGAUAUUUGUCAUCCUUGUUUAUGUUUCGAGAGGGGAGUUAGGGUACGGAAUAACUAUGGUUUUCAGAUAUGAUAAUCUCAGAGGAUCAAC